CCCAAGAGAUGCGUUCAACCGACCACCGAGAAGCAAAUCGAAGCGUACUAUCUCAACAAGAAGGUGGUGAAGAAGUGCACGCCGCUGGAGACGAUAUUCGAGGAACCGAAGGUGGUGAAGGAGAAAGAAACCUUCCUGGGCAACCGAAAGUUGAACAGGAGCAUAAAGUUCUCGGACGGGAAGAACGUGAGCAAGGUUACCGUGCAGAAUCGGAGGAAGAAGAUCAAGGAGAUAUUUGGGAGGAUCCCAAAGUACAAGAAGAUCCCGAUGGAUUUCUUCCUGGAGUACUUCACGGGCGCCAAGCCCACGACGGAAACGACUGGAGGACAAGACUUGCCGCAAGCGCCUGACGCGUAAGCUGAAUCUCCUCUCUUUGGGGAUUUCCACCACUGCCUGGCGAGACGACGCCCACCCUAAAAGUCUGAGAUGUGAGCGAAGGAGAGUUUACUUUUUAAAAGACGGUUGCAGUUCAAUCACCUCAAUGGAGGCGCGCGAGAGGAUGUUUCAGGUAAGCGACCCACUCGAGGGCAGGAAGUGAAUUGAGACGGGCGAAUAAAGGGGAAUGAGAAGAGAGGGAAUUUGAGGAGAAAAAAUGCGCGAUUUUCCUUAAAAUUUAAGUAAUUAUUACAGACACUUAUCAUGUAAAUUAAUUGUAGUGAAUUUUAGUCCGUAAUUAUAUACAAAUUAGUGGUUAAAUAAAUCCUUUCCCGCGUGAUACACGUGAAUAUUGAAAAU